AUGCCGCCUCCGAGAGUGGAUGAUGAGGCCCCCAUGCCUCCAGAAGUCAGCGGCAUUGACUCCUCUGGCCCAAGAAGGUCCAGCAGUGGCAGUACAGCUGCUACUUACAACAACACCGAGAAAAGCGGAGCCGUUUCCGGGCAGGGCGGUGUCAUCUCCAACCAGAUCGCGGGUCAGCAGAAGGCGACAGUUGGGGCCUUGCUCAAGAACCCCUUGGCUGGAUUGACAGACGCUCAGAUCAUUGCCGACGCAGACCGCUUUGUCGAGGAGAAGGGCUUAACUGAGCACCGUGAUGCCUUUAGAAAAGGCGCCAUGCUCGCCAAGGUGCAAAACAACGAGACGGGAUUUGAGCAACUAGACCUCAUCACUGAACAGGAGAAGGAAACCCUUCGCAAGGAGGUCAAGAACAGAUGGCACCAGCCGUUCAUGCUAUACUUUCUUUGUUCCCUGUGUGCAGGAAGUGCCAUCGUGCAAGGAAUGGAUCAAACGGCCGUCAAUGGAGCGCAGGAGUUCUACUAUGAGACAUUCGACAUCAAUGAUGACCUUAUGCGCGGCCUACUGAACGGAGCCCCUUACCUCUGCUCUGCCUUGAUUGGUUGCUGGACGAACCCUAUCCUGAACAAGUGGACUGGACGAAGGGGCACGAUCUUCAUCUCUUGCUUUAUAUCUACUGUGACUGGUUUCUGGAUGGCAGCAGCCGAUACUUGGUACAACCUUCUUAUCGCUCGAUUCGCCCUUGGUUUUGCCGUUGGUGCCAAGUCCAGCACCACUCCCGUCUACUCUGCCGAAUGUACACCAAAGGCCAUCAGGGGUGCACUUACUAUGCAGUGGCAGAUGUGGACCGCGUUUGGUAUCAUGUUGGGCUUUGUCGCUUCGGUGGCCUUUGCGAAUGUUGACUUCCUCGGCGAGAACACCCAGUGGCGUUGGAUGCUGGCGUCGACCUCGAUCCCUCCCUUCCUCGUCAUGAUCCAGGUUUACUUUUGCCCGGAGAGUCCCAGAUGGUACAUGGAGCGAGGUGAAUUUACCAAGGCAUAUUCGGCUGUACGCAGACUGCGGUACCUUGAAUGCCAGGCCGCGCGAGACAUGUACUACGCCUACAAGCUCCUGGAAAUCGAGCAAGCGCAGCGCGAAGGCCGCAAUCUGCUCAAGGAGUUUUUCACCGUCCGCCGUAACCGCCGCGCCGCUCAGUCGUCAUGGUUUGUCAUGUUCAUGCAACAAUUCUGCGGAGUCAACGUCAUUGCUUACUACUCGACGGCGAUUUUCCAAAACGCUGGCUUUUCACGCAAUGAGGCGCUUCUAACUUCUUUGGGUGGCGGAGCAAUCAACUUUUUGUUUGCAAUCCCAGCCAUAUACACCAUUGAUACCUUUGGGCGACGCAACCUACUUCUCGUUACCUUCCCGCUCAUGGCUCUCAUGUUGUUCUUUACCGGCUUCUCAUUCCUCAUACCCGAAUCUAAUCCGGCGCGCCUCGGUUGCAUUGCCACUGGUAUCUACCUUUUCAUGAUGGUUUACUCACCCGGAGAGGGCCCUGUUCCUUUCACCUACUCUGCAGAGGCUUUCCCGCUGCACAUCCGCGACAUCGGUAUGAGUAGCGCUACUGCUAUCACUUGGGGCUUCAACUUCAUCAUCUCCUUCUCCUGGCCUGCGCUCGAGACUGCCUUUGGUCCUACUGGUGCUUUCUGCUGGUACGCGGGAUGGAACAUCUUUGGCUGGAUAUUUGCGUACUUCUUGCUGCCCGAAACCAAGAACCUCACCCUUGAGGAGCUCGACGUGGUCUUUGGAGUGAGCAACCGCGACCACGCCAAGUACUACACGGAUAAGUUGCCGUGGUACUUGAAGAAGCACAUCCUGCGCCAGGACGUCGACCACUUCCCGCCGCUGUACCAGAUGGCCGAGGACGAGGACUUGGCCGAGGCUCCGGCAGCCGCCAAGGUCGACGAAAAGGUUGAGGACAAGCAGACGCAGCCUGUGACGAGCCCCAGGCUUGGGGUUGAACACGCUGAAGAGCCUUCCGUCCCUGGGGAUGACAAGGUGGGCAGGUAA